AUGGGCAAGAAAAAGUCUGAUUCAAAAUCCGACCGCAGUUUCGAGAAGAAGCUCCAAUUUUAUUCCAAGGUGAAAGAUGCUGUUACCUCGUUGAAUGCCCAAAAGUCUAUUUCUAAGAAAAAGAGCAAACAACAAAGGCGGCGGCAGAAGAAAUUGAAGGCAUAUAACCUAUCUUCACUUUUAGAGUCCCUUCCUGAGGUGAAGGCAUCAAAGAAACCAGGUCGUGAGAAUGACUCCAAACUUAAUUGUAAAUCAAGGCAGACGUUAGUGUUGAAGGAAAGAGAUAGAGUUUCUGCUGUUCUUAAGGAUCCUAGUUUUCAAGCGGAUCCCCUAUCUGCCAUUCAGCAGUACUUACAGAAGACACAACCGGUAGUAGAGGAACAACCCAAGAAAAAAGUGAACAAAAAUGGAUCCAAGAAGAAGAAGAAAUCGAAGGCUUCAACUGGACUACAACUUAUGGAAAUUUAA